GUUAUAUGUGUGUAAGACACGAACUUGUCAUAGCUGAUAAAUACCUAUCAAAUCUUUAGUUAACUGGAGUAAUGACGAACAUCCCGAAUGUAGAACUAUUUUGUUUUUCUGUAGAACUGGACAAGUUCAAAUAUGUGGCUAAAAGUUAAUUUUUUUCCUAUUAUGAAACAUAAACCAAAUGUUUUAAAACAUGCUUACUAUAACGUCCAAUUGUCUGUCUUCCCCGUAGCUCAGCUCAGUAAAUUCUUUAGUUUUUGACUGUGGCUCUACCAGCUAAUUGGUCUGUUUUUCUCAGGUAAAUAUUUCCAACUAGAAGCAAAGCUAAGAAGAUGGAGGAAGCAAAGGAGGAGGAAGUUUCAUCCAGUGCUGUCGGUCUCAGUCUUUGUGACUCUGUGCCCCUGCUGUGGAGGAUGGAAGACAUUAAAAAGUUCCGCUCCAUGGGUUUAGUUGGUUCUUUAGUGGGAGCUCUUCCUCGAGCACCGCGGCAGAAUGGUCGAAUGGGUCGCCCUCUGCUGCUGCUACCGGAAGAGGAGCGUUUGCUUAGUGAAAAACAGGCUGCUGCUGCUCUACCUGUAGCUAACCAGAGAGCUGAAGGGGUGGAGGAGCUCCGUCAAAAGGUGGAGCAGUAUGAAGCGCACCUACAGCAAAGUUAUGAGGAGCAGAGUGCUCUUGCCCUGGAGGACAGGAAGGCUGCAAUGCUGCGAGCAAUGACGUCUUCAAACACACACACUCAGUCAUCAGAAGAUGCCUGGAAGCACCGCCUGGAGACCCUGGACCAAAACUUCUCCUUCCCUCAGUCCGCUAUGGCGGUCCAGCUGAGCACAGCGAGGGCAGGACUGACCUACUACCCCCAGGACCGGGCCUUCCUGCAGGCUGACUGGCCAACUAGGCAACGAGAUGGCCCACGCUGUGAUGCCAGGUACCGGGUGUUCAGAGACCUGAAAGGGCGCGGCUUCUAUCUGACAUCAGCUGGGAAGUUUGGAGGCGACUUCCUUGUUUACCCAGGAGACCCUCUGCGUUUCCACGCACACUUCAUUGCUGUGUGUCUUGAUCUGGAGGAGUCCAUGUGUCUGCUGGAUGUCCUCGCUGUGGCACGACUGGGAUCUAAUGUGAAAAAGACUGUCCUGCUCUGCUCCUCAGUAAAGGAUGGGACAGUGGUGUACACAUCACUACAGUGGAGCGGGAUGGCUUAAUAACUCUGGACCCUGUGCAGGGUCUGGAUCCUAUGGAAAGACUCAGCACCAGAUCUCUGAAACGGAGGACAGAAGCAAGACUGGACUUAAGAUUCAGCAAAGAUCAUGGACUAGACCUGAACCAGAACCAAGACCAAAUGCUGAUCUCUGUCAGGUACAGAGUCCAGUACCUUGCCUAAUGUCGCAGAGUUCAGUGCCUGCAGAGUAAUUGUGCUGUUUCACAACAUAGUAGUCACUCCUCAUGUGACCAACAGGGGGACAGAAAAUGAACUGUUAUGAUUCUGAUUUCUGUCCUGCUGUGUCCUAUUGUUGUGAUGUCAACAAUUGCUGUGUUUGUGUGUAACCUUGCCUUCUGCCCAUUCCAUAAAUGAUGUCUGUCCACUGUAGGACCAAAAACAAAUGGAGAAACUCUGUUGUUGUCAGAAGUUGUGGUUUGAGUAUAAAACAGGCUGCUUCACUCUGA